AUGAUUGAUAUGAUUAAUGUAGAUGUUACACCGGUGAAUGCUCUGUUUAGUUUCAGUGGUAGUUCUGCGCCUGGUCAAGCGACAAGACUAGAGUUGGAUGAAGCGUUCAACGAGAUUCAAAAUUGUAACUACCUACACAACCAAUACCCAUUGCUAUUCUCUGACUUUGGUGACACCGUUGUACAUACACUAUCUUCAAUCUACCAACAAACAUUGGGUAAUCACAUACAAUCAAAACAACAUAUUACAAUUGCAUUAAAUAAAUCAACAAGAUUUGAUAUGCAAAUUCUAUCAAUUAUAAGAAUGGUAAUAAAUACAUUACAUAUGAAUGAAAUUGAUACUGCAAAGAAGUUAAUAAAUGAUUACUUAUUACAACUUGAGAAUCAUCCACAAUUGGUGUUUAAAGUGGCAACAUUGUUUCUGGAUGGCGAUAGUAAUAAUCCACUGGAGAAUAGCAACAAUCUAAAAACAAUGUUAGAGUCUGCGAUCACUCUAUCUACGGUUUCCUCUGAUUUUGUAUCACUUUGUUGUUGCUACGAUAGUUCGUCUCAACCCGAUUCAACUCAAAAGCAAGCAUCUCUAAUGAUUAAAAGACAUAAUAUAAUAACCAAUACAGUAUCAAAAGAAGAUCAACAAUUAUUCUUUCAAUCAUUAAUAUCAAAUUCAGCAGCAGCAGCUAACUCAACGAAAUCACCUAACAACAAAUAA